GGACGCAGCACGGGCAGCAUACUCGUUAACACGUUCAGCGCGCAUCGCCAGGCUCUUCAUUCCACCAUGCUUUCGACCGUACCGUCUUCUUGCUCCAUCUUGCCUUCUUUGCGCCGUCUCGCCUCCGCGCCCGGGACUUGGUCGGUAUCUCCACGCACACACGCGGCGGCGCGCCAUGCCCGGAGGACGUUCGCGACGCAUGCAGAGGACACCUUCCGCAUCCCGCUCAUUGACUUCAGCAAGUAUCGUAAUGCGAGCUCUACCGCGGAGAAGGAACAGACUGCGCAUGAUAUUGUGCGCGGCUUUACCGAAGUGGGGUUCAUCUACCUGAAAGACCACGGUAUACCCCAAGAGACGGUGCAGCAGGCUUUCCAGAAGAGCGCAGAGUUCUUCGCGCUCCCAUUCGAGAAGAAAUCCGAGCUCGCCUGGCGCGAUCCACGUGCGAACCGCGGGUUCGUGCAGGUCGGCCGCGAGCGCGUAACGCAGUCCGCCGACGCCGAGGAGAUCAAGAAGCUGCGCGAGAAGGCGCCCGACUACAAAGAGACCAUGGAGAUUGGGCGCGACUGGGACGCGACGUACAAGAACUACUGGCCCGCAGAGGGCGACGCGCCGGGCUUCCGGCGCACGAUGCUCGACUUCUUCCAGACGUGCCAUGAGCUGCACACGCUUGUUAUGCGCUCGAUUGCGCUCGGGCUGAAGUUGGACGAGACGUUCUUUGACGACAAGAUCCAUGAGCAGUACCACAACUUGCGGCUGCUGUCUUAUCCGCCUAUCAAGACCCAGCUUCUGAGCGGCGAUGGCCAGGCGCGUGCGGGCGCGCACUCGGACUAUGGUACUUUGACGCUGCUGUUCCAGGACUCGGUUGGUGGGCUCGAGGUGCAGAACCCCCAUACUGGACAGUUCCAACCCGCUACCCCUAUUCCUGGAACGAUUGUGAUCAACGCGGGUGACCUGCUCGCGCGCUGGAGUAACGAUGUGUUGCGUUCGACGCUUCACCGCGUCGUCGCGCCUCCGGCGAAGGCGAUCAGCGAGACCGAGCAGAUCACCCCCGCGCGGCAGUCGAUCGCGUUCUUCUGCAACCCGAACCAGGGCGCGGAGAUCGAGUGCCUCCCUACCUGCCUUGUCCCCGGCAGCAAGCCCAAGUACCCGCCGGUGACGACGGAGGAGUACAUCGUAGGGCGGUUACAGGCGACUUAUGUCUAGGCGCUUCGGGGUCAGGGCGGUCGGAAUUCGUUUCACCCUCUCUUGGAUGUAUAUAUUUGCUGUGCUUAUAUGUUGUAUACGGAUGUUUUCC